CGCGGGAGGAAGCAACGUGAGAACCAAACAAACCCGAGCCACAGCCGAGUCCUCAGUCCCACUGGAGGCUGUGUUCGGUUCGUGGUCCGAGGACAAGCCGAGGUCCGGAGGCUCAGAGCGGAUUAAAAGUGCACCGGGGACCGAACCUGGAUCCACUUCACACCCGAAGAGACGGAGCUGGGGACUCGGCUUUGUUCGGCUGUGUUCGGCUUCUGCUCCGGAUUCUAUUUGAAGAAAAAAACAAAACUUCCCCUAGAUAAGCUUAUUUAUAAGGACAAGUUCGAUUGGUAUUUAUUAGUUUGAAAGUGAAGUAAACUUUGAGCUUUGUUUGUGAGUCAGAGGAGGAAUCAGCUGGAUGAGUGACUGACGACAGGUUGCGCAACAGACGCAAUAAUAAACUGAGACAAAGACUCCGAGCUGCAGCUUCCAGUUUGUUGGUUGUUGUUUGUGCACCUCACACGGACCCACACGGACCCACACGGACCAACAAGCCCGCACACACCUCACUGCUGCCGGGGCCACAGGCUGCUGCUGCUGCCCCCUCCACCCUCCACCAGCAACUCAAGAUGAGCAUGAGCGUGGCCACAGCCCGAUCCCAGAUGUGUCUGAAGAGGUUAUUGGACGAGCCUCAGGACAAUUUUCUGAAAUGCAAACGACAACGCCUGGCCCCGCCCCCUCCGACGCCCGGUCUGUCCCCCUGCGUGAGUCCCAGGAUCCACGCCCCCAAGGCCGGCCUAAGCCAAUCCCCGUCCAGGGUCGGCUCCUACUUCCUGUAUGAACGCUGUGAGGGGGAGGAGACUUACAGGGCCGUGCACGAGCACACGCAACAGCAGUACACUUGCCAGGUACGUCCUCUGCGUGGCUACCAGGAGCAGUUGGCCGCUUACGCUCGCAUUGGUCACCACGAGAACAUCUGCGGCCUGCAGGACGUGGUGAUUGGCCGGGACAGCGUGUACAUCUUCCUGCCCGGGCAUCAUGGCGACAUGCACGCGCACGUGCGCAGCAGGAAGCGCCUGGGCGAGGAGGAGGCGGGGCUUCUCUUCAGCCAGAUGCUCAACGCGGUGAUGCACUGCCAUCACCACGGGGUCGUGCUCAGAGACCUGAAGCUGCGCAGGUUCGUCUUCACCGACAGAUUCAGGACUCGCCUCGCCCUGCUCGGCCUUGAGGACUGUGUCGUCCUUCACGGCAACGACAACGACGACUCUCUGACGGACAGACACGGCUGUCCUGCUUACGUCGGCCCCGAGCUGCUGACCAAUGGGAAGGGCUCUUACUCUGGACGCGCCGCAGACGUCUGGAGCCUGGGCGUGUCUCUGUACACCAUGCUGAUUGGACGGUACCCGUUUCAGGACACGCAGCCCGCCGCGCUCUUCGCCAAGAUCCGCCUCGGCACCUUCAGCGUGCCGGCCUGGCUGUCGCCUCGGGCCAAGUGUCUGAUUGGCUGCAUGUUGAGGAAGUCGCCCGAGGAGAGACUGGAGGCGUGGGAGCUGCUGAUGCACCCGUGGCUGACCAAUCCCUUCACGCCACAUCACAGCGUCCACAAGACGCAGCACGCCUCACACACACAGAGCAAACCAGAGGACGAUGACCAGGUGGUCCCAACAUGGAGCCCAAAACACUAACACACACACACACACACGUUUGUACUUCUAUACUUGUGAGGACCUUCACUGAAAACACCCCCCAACACUAAGUUUAACAUCACAACAACUUUAACCGUGACAACGCUUUCACACCCAAACGGUUUGGUUCAGUUAACACGAGGUUACAGGACCAUUCACUUUGCCUGUUUAGUAGCUGGGUAGAAGAGUCUGAGGGCGACUUGAAGGAGAAGAAAACACCGAAAAUAUGACGACAAUUAGUUUGUGACAUUACCAGAAUAAAGUGGUUCCAUUAUCUGUGUGAUCUUCAGAGAGGAUUCAUAGUUUCUCAGGAAGCAGUGAGAGUGAAGCUCAUGUUUUGACAUUUAAAAACAAAAACUGAAGAUUAAAUUCCUCUGCUGAUUGUGAGCUAUUUGAAAAGUGUUUAUUAAUUUGUAAUCUUAUAAUAACAAUGAUGAUGAGCUUCUUCUUUGAGAUCAUAGAAAAAUGUAAAUACACACAUAAGACGCAUUAAAGUGCCGCGGUCAAUUACUGUACUGUGAUUGGCUGCGGGUCCUGAUGAUGAAGCAACUGUCCAAUCAAGUUAGAAGCUCUUUUCACAACUAAAAGGCAAAAACUAGUUCUUUAUUUCCGCCCCUUUUUGGACCAAAUGAACCAAACUACAGGUGUGAGAGCGACUGAAAGCUAAACCUGAACCGUCCACCAACCCAACAGAGAGUCCUGCAUCUGUCCAGCACUCACCAUGGUCCUCACAAAGAUAUAAAUAGAAGAACACAUGCAGACGGUCUGAUCCUGGAUUACUUGACCCUCACGUGCCUUCCUCUCUCUCUGUGGCUGCGUCUCACUUCCAGCUCUGAAUUGACUCCUCCCCCAAAUCGCACAGGGUUCUUAACCCGGUGCGUUCAGGUGCUCCUCGCCAACUCCUGAAUUUGUUUAAUCCGAGUGUUAACCAGGGAGAAUCUGAGUUGUGUCAGGCAGUUUAACAUCAAACAUCCUUCUAACCUCCAUCUGUGAGUGUGUUUACAUGCACGGAACAACUGGUUAUAUUCUGGAUUUUCCCCGUCUUCAGCAAAUCCCAUAAAAAGACCAAAACCUGACAAUCAAUUAACUCCUGUAGUCAAAGUCUGACAUCUCAUUGUGUAUAAACUCUUAAAAACAUAUCAGUGAGUCAGUGGUAUACAAAUCCACAGCAGAAUAUUUACUAAAAACUACAGUUCUUUAUGGGAGUUUCUGAGGCUUCUUAAAAGUGAAACUACAUUUUUUAAAACCACUUUUUAAGUAUUAAUAUCCUCAGUAGCAAACAGACCCGACCAGAAAGUAAGAAGAGAAGAACUGACACAAAGUUGAUUUAGCUUCUUUUUUUUUUUUUUUUCAUGGGAUUAGCUGGAAAUCUGGUUUCCCUAGUUUUUUAAACCUGGUCUGAUGGAUUCAGUUUCUGAUGCACGGAGUUGGUGGCGACCGCCGGGACAAACCACUGUGAACCCUGAAGGAGCCGGAACCGUUUAAUUCUGAGUAUUUAACCCCCUCGCUACUUCCUCUCUCGGGGGUUAUAAGAGAAGGAGAUUCAGUAUUAAAAUAAAUCGCUCUUUGAUAAAACUGAAAUGAUUAAUAAUAGAAAUUCACAGUCGCCAGCAAAGAGCCACAGUUAACAGUUAAGCAGAAUAAAAUGUAUUAGUCCGCUCUGUUUUCUUAGGAUAAAAGCUUCACUUGCUAAUUUAGCUUCUGACCAGAAUGAUUAUCCUGAAAUAACAACCAGCUGGUUUUUAAGUUUUCAGAGACCAAAUAUCUUCAUCACUGUUACAAAUAUCAAUAACUGGCUUAUUUCAGAUGACAGAAAUGACAG